AUGGACCCCGUGGUGGGCCAGCAAGUGUUGAUCGAAAACUACCGGCGGGAAAAUGCGACGAUAAUGACGCUCUGUCGGGAGGAUGACCUAUCGGACAUUUUGGGCACGAUCCGGAACCUCGAAGACCGUUUCAACAAGGACUACCACUACGACUGGGUGUUUCUCAACAACGAGGAGUACAGCGCCGAGUUCAAGGCAAAGGUGUCGAAGUUCACGUCGGGGAGAACACGGUUCGGGCUCAUCCCGAAGGAACACUGGUCGUACCCGGCAUUCAUCGACCAGGAGAAGGCCCGGGCUGAGAGACAGCUGAUGGAGGAUGACGGCGUCAUCUACGGCGGCAUGGAGUCCUACAGACACAUGUGCCGGUUCAACUCGGGCUUUUUUUACAAGCACCCGAUUAUGAUGGAGUACAAGUACUACUGGCGGGUGGAGCCGCAUGUCGAGUUCACGUGCGACAUCAAUUUCGACCCUUUCAGAUACAUGGUGGAAAACAAGAAGACGUACGGUUUCACCAUCACGAUUCACGAGUUCGAGCGGACCAUCCAGACUUUGUGGAAGACGACGAAGAAGUUCCUCGCCGAUCACCCCGAGCACGUGCAUAAAAACAACUUGGCUAAGUUCAUCACCAACGACAACGGCGACACGUACAACUUGUGCCACUUCUGGUCGAACUUCGAGAUUGCUGACAUGGACUUCUGGCGCUCUAAGGCUUAUGAAGAUUACUUCCACGACUUGGACAAGUCGGGCGGCUUUUUCUAUGAGCGUUGGGGUGAUGCCCCGGUUCACUCCAUCGCCGCAGCUUUGUUUCUCGACCGGGAUCAGUUGCACUACUUCAAGAACAUCGGUUACCAGCACGGCGUCUACCAGAUGUGCCCUAUCGAAGACGAAAUCUACGAUGGCAACCGCUGCUACUGCGACAAGGACAACGACUUCACCUUCGACGGCUACGCGUGUGGCAAGGAGUUCUUUGACGCCAUGGGCUGGACAAAGCCCGCCAACUGGGAACAAUACGCCAAUUAA